CUGCAUGUUUGCUUCCGUCACGACCACGCAAUUGGCCGGGGAGCUGAAGAGGGGGGGUCCACGGUGUGUGACAGCGACCCUGUCAGCCGGUCCCUGCAGGACUAGGUCCCUAUAAAAAGCUCCGCUGGUCGCAGAGCAGCUCAGAUUUCUCCGCUCAGGUGCGCACUGCAGACCGAGAUGCGCGUUAUGGAGCGCACGUUCAGAGAGCAGCUCUUCUUCCUCGUGCUGUGUCUGUCUGUCCUCAAGGGAGACUCCAGGUAUAUUGAGAACAACGAGAUCUCCAAAGAUGAAUUAUAUUCAUUUUUCAACUCGGAACUUAAGAGAGAAACACCGGAGGAGUUAUUGUACCGCCGACCUUUACGUUGCCUGGACAUGGUAGCAGUAGAAGGUCAGUUCACCUUCACGGCGGAGCGUCCUCAGCUCAGCUGUGCUGCGUUCUUCAUGGCCGAACCCAACGAGGUGAUCAGCGUAGAUUAUGACAACGUGGACAUCGACUGCAGGGGAGGAGACUUCAUCACGGUGUUUGACGGCUGGGUGAUGAAAGGAGAGAAGUUCCCCAGCUCCCUGGAUCACCCGCUGCCUCUCUACGAGCGCUACGUGGAUUACUGCGACUCGGGAUCAGCGAGGAGGAGCGUUCGCUCCAACCAGAACGUGGCCAUGGUCUUCUUCCGCAUCCACAACGCCGGCAGCAGCUUCACGCUGACCGUCAGGAAACACAUCAACCCUCUCCCGUGUAAUGUGAUCUCCCAGUCCCCAGAGGGCAGUUACACUAUGGUGAUCCCGCAGCAGCACAGGAACUGCAGCUUCUCCAUCAUUUAUCCAGUCGAGAUCGACGUCUCUGAGUUCAGCCUGGGACACUUCAACAACUUCCCCAAGUCUUGUUUAUCUCCUCAGAGGUCCAUGCCUGCUUGUGCAGAAUCAGGAGAUUUUGUGCAGCUGUUGGGAGGAAACGGCAUCGACACGUCCAAGCUGCUGCCCAUCACCGACCUCUGCAUCUCCUUCACUGGUCCCACACACCUGAAGGUGGGCUGUGAGAACACGGUGGUGCGGAUGGUCUCCAGUGGGAAGUUUAUCAGCCGCGUGUCCUUCAGCUACCGACUGCUGGACAGUCAGGAGCUGCAGACCAUCAAACUCAACAACGUGGAGGAUUUCUGCUUCAACAACUGAUCAUAUGAUCAGCAGGAUCAUAACGUGACACGUGUGUCAUCAUUUGACUGCAAACUUUUAUGAUUAUUUUCAUUUUUCACUUAUUCUGGUUGUUGUUAAAGUGCCAUUUUGUGUUUUUUUCUUCUUCUUUGAAUGUUUCUUUGUGUACAGAUUGUGUAUUUAUUUUAAAAAAAGUAUGACAUAUUUUAUUUUGUUUACAUAUGAGUUCAUGGUCAACAUUCUUAAAGGAAUGGUGCUGAAAUGAAUGUUACUUCUGGGUUUUAUUUUGCUGAAUGGUCUCAGAUAGAAGGCUUCAAUACAAUAAAUACAAGUGUUCAUUGCCAUUAUGCAGUUGAAUUUGUAUAAAAACCUUUUUGUAAUAAAAUUAUACCGCAUGACUAAGCACUAAACUGUGUUUCCUGUUAUUGUACAGAAGAACUAAGGGAACAGUUCAUCUGAAGAGCAAGAACAAACUGACUUUAUAUCUUUAUGUGCAGUUAAAAUACAAAAGUAUAUUUCUGUUUUAUCUUCCUGUAAUUCAGCUAAAUUUUAAUGCUGUUUUAUUGAGAUGCAAAGAAUCAUUAUUCUUGCAAAUGAAAAUGAACUUACUUCACAUUAACUUUUGUGAUCUGACCCAUUUAUCAGAUAAACACAUUUAUAUUUAGAUUCAGGAUAUU